GCCCCGCCCCCCAGAUUACCCGUCAUGCAGCGGGCGGCGCAGUGCGCAGGACAGGAAAUCGUGAUUUUGGUCAACCCAAAUACUUCGGACUUGGUGAAAAGUUGUCAAAAUUGUGGCGGAUUUCAUGCAUUUUCCCCAGCGCGUACGGUAGCCGUGGUACACGAUGGGGACGCCCAGGACCGCGACGAUCAUGCGGAGGAAUCCCCAGGAGGAUUUCGAGUUGAUCCAGCGGAUCGGCAGCGGAACAUACGGCGAUGUGUACAAGGCUCGAAACAUGCAGACUGAUGAGCUGGCAGCCAUCAAAGUCAUCAAGUUAGAACCAGGGGAUGACUUUUCCAUCAUCCAGCAGGAGAUCAUCAUGAUGAAGGAGUGUAAACACCUGAACAUCGUGGCCUACUUUGGCAGCUAUCUCAGGAGAGACAAGCUGUGGAUCUGUAUGGAGUUCUGUGGAGGGGGGUCCAUGCAGGAUAUCUACCACAUUACCGGUCCACUGAAGGAGACACAGAUAGCUUAUGUAUGUAGAGAAACAUUACAGGGUUUAGCAUACCUACACAGCAGAGGGAAAAUGCACAGAGACAUAAAGGGCGCGAAUAUCUUGUUAACAGAUGAGGGCAAUGUCAAAUUAGCUGACUUUGGUGUGUCUGCCCAGAUCACAGCCACCAUGGCCAAACGCAAGUCGUUCAUUGGCACACCGUACUGGAUGGCCCCAGAAGUGGCUGCUGUGGAGAGGAAAGGUGGCUACAACCAGCAGUGCGAUGUCUGGGCAGUGGGGAUCACGGCAAUUGAGUUUGCAGAGCUGCAGCCCCCCAUGUUCGACCUCCACCCUAUGAGGGUUCUGUUCCUCAUGUCGAAAAGUGGCUUCGUUCCCCCCAAACUUAAGGACAAAAACAAAUGGACUCCCAACUUUCACAACUUUGUCAAACUGGCGCUGACAAAAAAUCCCAAGAAAAGGCCGACUGCAGAGAAGAUGAUCCAGCACCCGUUCUUCCAGCAGCCACUGUCCCACAGACUCGGCAAGGACCUGCUGGAGAUGGCCUCCAACCCCAGCUCCUACCAGAACCACGACGACGAGGAUGAGGAGGACAGAGGAGAGCCGACAUUAGAGGUUCCUCAGAGGAUUUCAUCACGGAAGAAGGAAGACAGGAAAGAAAGGACGAAGUCAGAGAUAGACAUGGAAAAUGUGAACUUUGAACCUCCUCUGAGAAGAGAAACAGAACCUCAGCAGGACGAGGUCCGUGCUGGGGAGGUCCCAAACAGGGUUCGUAGGAAUGACGAUGAGUUUGCCGGCGCGUGGAGACCAGUGCUGGAGAUAGAUGGUAGCAAGAGUCUUAUCAAAUCCGUUGAAGAAGAACUCCAUAGACGAGGACACACGACAACAUUAGAGUACUCGGACGCAGCAGGAACCGACCAGUCGUCGUCAUUACCAGCAAAUGGUACAGAAAGACCACCAGGAGCACCAAAGGCUGGGCAGAAGAGUGCAUCAGAUAGUGAAAUCAUCUCCACCCAGGAUAGAAGAGAUGCUGGCACCCCCCCUGCCCACAGCACCCCCCCUGCACUCCCCCCAAAGGAGAAGGCGAACGGGGUUGUCCCAACGGCUAACGGGGAGGACAUGGACGAGGAACAGGACACGUCUGAGCAGGAGAACAAUGAACCGCCUGCGGAGGAGGAACCACCGCCGCCUGAGAUCCCCCCCAAGAUCGGAGACAUGAACAGACCCAGACCCCCCAUGCAGGAACCACAGUGCAAUGGGCUCCCACCCACACCUAAAGUACAUAUGGGAGCGUGUUUCUCCAAAGUGUUCAACGGUUGUCCUCUGAAGGUAAACUGUGCAGUCAGCUGGGUCCAUCCACAGACCAGAGACCAGCACAUCAUAGUUGGGUGCAAUGAGGGGAUCUACACCCUGAACCUCACCCAGCUGCACGAGGCCACCAUGGAUCACCUGUUCCCCAGAAGAUGCACCUGGAUGUACGUUAUAAACAACAUCCUGCUAUCAGUAUCAGGAAAAACUCCGCACGUCUACUCCCACAACCUGGUGGGGCUGCAUGACAGAACUCACACCCUCGGCUUCAACAUCCCCACACACAAGCUGCCCGACAGAAUCGUACCCAGAAAAUAUGCAAUUUCUACCAAGCUGCCAGAUACCAAAGGCUGCCUCAGGUGUUGUGUUGUUCGGAAUCCCUACAACGGGCACAAGUACCUGUGCACAGCGGUACCCAACGGGGUGGUGUUAUACCAGUGGUAUGAGCCCAUGCAGAAGUUCAUGUUAGUUAAGCUCCCCCCUUAUGUUCCCCAGCACUGCGAGUUCGCGAUUCCACAACCACUGAGGGUGUUUGAGAUGCUGGUAACGCCAAUCGCUGAGUACCCGCUGGUCUGCAUAGGAGUCAGUAAGGGAACCAAUCAGAACCUGUUACAUUUCGACACUGUGAACUUGAACCUGUCCUCAAGUUGGUUCACAGAACAAGGAUCAGGUGAGAACCAGCUGGACGUAGUGAACGUCACACAACUGGAGAAGGACACAGUGCUGGUGGCCUUCGACAGAGAGGUGAAGAUUGUGAAUCUGUCAGGAAAGCUGAAGUCCAGCAAGAAGCUGGCGGCAGAACUGCACUUCGACUUCUAUACAGAGAGCAUAGUGUGCCUCCAGGACAGCGUGCUGGCGUUCCACAAACACGGGAUGCAGGGCAGGAGCUUCAAGGCCAAUGAGGUAACGCAAGAAAUCUGUGACAAGAGCCGCAUCUUCAGAUUGAUAGGGUCCGACAGAAUGAUCGUCUUGGAGAGCCGUCCGUCUGACGACCCCACAGCGCCCUCUAACCUCUACAUCCUGGCAGGUCAUGAGGCAACAUACUGACCUCUGACCUCUACCUGCUGGCUGGUCAUGUGUGUCCUACUGAUGACCUUGCCCAGUACUCGGACUUGAAACCAAUGAAAUGACACUAUAUAUACAUAAUUGACAAUUCUACCCAAACUGCUCCUGCCUCCCUUCCUAUGGGCUAUAAUCAGGGAUCGUGAAGCCUUACAAAUGCUGCCUGUCAAACCGUGCCAUGGACAGACGUCAGACUGCAUCGCUUCCUGCAGAAGCUCUGUUUUUAAUGAAUAAAGUAAGAUUUGUGGACUGUCCUGGCUUGUGCUAUGCAGAAGAAUUAAGAGGCUCGUUUGACAGCGAAGCUUCGAAGAUGAAUGACUUUCCUCACCCUGAAACUCACGUUAAGUACCCGGUAAACCAUUAGACAACUAGACUCUCUGCACACACCAAACACAGGAACAAGCUCUAGCCACUCACGGGAGUCACCGAGUCCUUUUAUUUUAUAGUUCUUCCACACAUGACACUCCCUGAAGGCAGUGUUACCUGAUGUUAUGUCGGGUUCGUCUACCUGCAGUGCUAGGCAGGAGGCAGUGUUCUCUACACCAUCUGUGUGGAGAAUGACAAGUGUUACCUGCAUCAUCUGUGGAGACAGACAUGUUCCCUGCUCUGCUCGCUUGUAAAAACUGAAGCAGCUUCCUGUGGCUCCGUACAUCACAGUGACACACAGGAGUAUAAGUCAACACAGCAACAAUGGUAGGGAACCUGGCGGGGAAGUCAACACAGCAACAAUGGUUAGAGUCAUUCACCUGCGACCAAGCUGCUGAAGUGGACGAUGCCAGCAAGCUGCAGCCUGUGAUUGGCCAACGACACAGCUGUACUAACAGAAGCAGGCCCUUGUAGUCGUGCACAAUCCGCCAGGAGAGGCUCCUGGCACCGGGAGGGUCUGGAGUGGUCAAACCUUACCAACAUCACAUCCCAAUAUGGACAUCAACCUUCUGUCAGAACAACCCAGCUCACAGCAAGAACUGAGCACAUUUCCCUCACUAUAGAUAAGGAUUAAAAGUCAGAACUGUGUCCACUUGUUUGCCACUAGUAGGGUUGAACUUGGAUUGGAGUAUCUAGUAGGAGUUUGUUGCACCAGUCUAAAGCUAACACAGAACACGUGAAACUGCCAACAUUUGUACUUAACCCUGUUAACCUACUUCUGCAAAGGUCAUAUUAACAACUUUUAUGUCAAGUAAUUGUGGAAUUGAUAGCUAGAACACAACAACAACAUCUACAGCCCUAGUGGAAAGGUCUAUAUGGGGUAUGGAGGCUGUAUAUGGUACAGGAGGUCUGUAUAGGGUACAGGUGCCUGUAAAUUUGAGGGGACAUGAAUUCUAUGUGACAGUUUCACUGCCAAGUGCCCAGAACUAUGGGGACUUGAGAACAACACAAUGUGUUAUAGUUCACCUGAGUUUCACCUGGGUUACAUUGUUAUAAAUGCACAACUCACCUGAGUUACAUCUGUAUAACACUUGAAUAUAUACCUGCAUAGUUCACCUGAGUUAUACCUGUGUAGCUCACCUGAGUUUGUCACCUAGGCAUGCUGUCUUUCAAUGAAUUCUGUACAGAAUACAACUGUAUAAAUGAAUUGAUGCUAGUGUCUAUAGCAUUACAUAAAGGCUUUUCCAAAAGAAUAUGAUGAUCUAAUUUUUGUCCAAGUUAACUGCAGCAGACAACCUUAAGAAUGAAGUGCCACUUUCUUGGGUCUGCAGACUGAGAAGGUAGCUUCCAUGCCCGGGGAACAGGGCAUGCUUAGAAGAACUAUCGCCGGUCAGUGAGCAACACUGAUGACUUGCUUUGCUGUUCCAGUCUAGUGUAGAUGUUAUGUUAAAUUUGUAUUGUUGCCUCUGUACAUAUUAUUAUGCAUAGUAUCUUAAUUUAGGUUAAUGGGGUAAUGAAAGAAAAUUCUGCCUUCCAUUUUGUUGUAUCAUUAUUAUUAUUAUUAUUAUUACAAUUGUGUCCAGGUACUAUCGUGUAUAUGGUGCCGCCGCUGUAAGGAAACCUUCUGUCUGCCUUAUGUAGAGUCUCGGCAUGUUUCAGAACAAGUCAGGAGGGAGAGGAAAGAAUUAAAGUCCAUGUGAACAUACAUA